AUGGCUCCAAUUUUGAUCCACGGAAUGCUUCAUGUCACCAUUUUUGAGGUGGAUAAGCUGCACUUGGGAUUUGGCCCAAAUUUCAUUGGCAGGCUUGUGGAGAAGGUACAAGAUGGAAUUGGAAUCGGCAAGGGUACUAGACUAUAUGCAACAAUUGAUAUAGGAAAAGCUAGAGUUGGGCGGACAAGAAUGCUGAAACGCGAGCAUGUCAACCCUCGAUGGUUCGAAUCUUUUCACAUUUACUGUGCUCAUAUGUCUUCCCAUAUAAUUUUCACUGUUAAAGAUGAUAAGCCCAUUGGGGCAACAGUAGUAGGAAGAGCUUAUGUACCUGUUGAGGAAAUCAUUGGUGGGGAAGAAAUAGAUAGAUGGGUGGAAUUCAUUUAUGAACAUCAUAAACAUAUUAUUCAUCGACAUUCAAAGAUCCAUGUAAAGCUACAAUAUGUUCCUGUAGCAAAUCAACUUACUUGGUCCAGGGGAAUUACAAGUCCCAAAUUUCCUGGUGUCCCUUACACAUUCUUCUCACAAAGACAAGGAUGCAGAGUUACUCUUUACCAAGAUGCACAUAUCCCAGACGACUUCAUCCCCAAAAUCCCUCUUUCAGGGGGAAAAUACUAUGAACCCCAUAGAUGCUGGGAGGAUAUUUUUGAUGCGAUAACUAAUGCAAAACAUUUGAUUUAUAUAGCUGGGUGGUCUGUCUAUACUAAGAUUACCUUAGUAAGGGACAUGAGCAGGCCAAAGUCUGGAGGAGACGUUACUCUUGGGGAGCUGCUCAAGAGGAAGGCUAGUGAAGGUGUCAAGGUUCUUAUGCUUGUUUGGGAUGACAGAACCUCCGUGGGUUUGAUAAAGAAUGAAGGUGUUAUGGACACCCAUGAUACAGAAACUGAAGAUUACUUUCGAGACAGUGAUGUUCACUGUGUUUUGUGUGGCCGUGACCCUGAUGUUGGGGAUAGCUUGGUUCAGGGCUUUGAGAUUUCCACAAUGUUCACUCAUCACCAAAAGACUCUGGUGGUAGACAGUGAGAUGCCCAACAGAAGAUCAUGGUCGUCCUCAGAGGAGGAGGAAUGGAGGAGAAGGAGAAGAAUAGUGAGUUUUGUUGGUGGAAUUGAUCUUUGUGAUGGGAGAUAUGAUACACCCUUCCAUUCCCUUUUCAAGACCUUGAACACAGCCCACCAUCAUGAUUUUCAUCAACCCAACUUCAAAGGUUCUUCAAUCCACAAAGGUGGUCCAAGAGAGCCCUGGCAUGAUAUCCAUUGCCGUCUGGAAGGACCCAUAGCAUGGGAUGUCCUUUACAAUUUUGAGCAGAGAUGGUGGAAGCAAGGUGGGAAAAACGUACUUGUUCAGCUCCACAACCUUGAAGACAUUAUUAUAACCCCAUCUCCAGUUAUGUUCCCAGGGGACCAUGAGACAUGGAAUGUUCAGUUAUUUAGAUCCAUCGAUGGAGGUGCUGCAUUCGGCUUUCCUGCAACACCAGAGGAUGCUGCCAGAGCAGGACUUGUGAGUGGAAAGAACAACAUAAUCGAUCGAAGUAUUCAGGAUGCCUACAUAAAUGCCAUUCGAAGAGCAAAGCAUUUUGUGUACAUUGAAAAUCAAUAUUUCCUGGGAAGCUCAUUCUGUUGGAAGCCAGAGCAUGACAUCAAGGUUGAAGAUAUAGGUGCCUUGCAUCUAAUUCCAAAAGAAAUCUCACUGAAGAUUGUGAGUAAGAUUGAAGCAGGUGAGAGGUUUGUGGCCUAUGUUGUGGUCCCUAUGUGGCCAGAAGGUAUUCCAGAGAGUGAUCAUGUCCAACCAAUUUUAGAUUGGCAGAGGAGAACAAUGGAAAUGAUGUACACUGAUAUCACUCAGGCCCUCCACGCUAAGGGGCUUAUGGAGGCCGACCCAAGGGAAUACUUGACAUUCUUUUGCCUUGGCAAUAGGGAGAUGAAGAGUAGGAAUGUUGGUGAAGAAUAUGAAGCUCCUCAUAAACCAGAGAAGGGUAGUGAUUAUAGUAGAGCACAGCAGGAGCGCCGCUUCAUGAUUUAUGUUCAUGGAAAGAUGAUGAUAGUUGAUGAUGAAUACAUUAUCAUUGGAUCUGCAAAUCUGAAUCAGAGGUCAAUGGAUGGUGGUAGGGACUCUGAGAUAGCCAUGGGAGCAUAUCAACCGCAUCACCUAGCAACCAAGCAAGCUGCAAGAGGUCAGAUCCAUGGCUUCCGGAUGGCAUUGUGGUACGAGCAUCUUGGCAUGCUUGACAAUGGCUUACUCCAUCCUGGGAGUUUGGAAUGUGUUGGUAAGGUGAACCGGAUCGCUGAUAAGUACUGGGAUCUUUACUCCAAAGAGAGUGAUGAUCUAGAGCAUCAUGACCUGCCAGGCCAUCUGCUUAGGUACCCAAUUCAAGUCACUCGCAAUGGAGAAGUCACUACACUUUCAGGGUUUGAUCAUUUCCCUGACACUAAGGCUCGCAUUCUUGGUUCCAAAUCCGCGUUAGUUCCCUCAAUCUUGACUACAUAAUAGGAUUUUGUUCAAAUACGUACAGUAGUAAUAUCCA